CGAAUACGCGCGUGGACGACUUAUUGGACAGCAGAGCCUUUUCUAAAUCAAUAUGCAUAACCUAAGCUUUGCAAGCGAAGUGGACACUUACAUUGACAUUGGUUUAACAUCCUCUGGGAAUUCUACUAGUCGCUAUUCUCCGGCCACCAUUAUAGGGCUCGCGGGGCUGGUGAGCUUUCUCAUCUUGUUUACAAUAGUGGGGAAUGUGCUGGUCGUUAUCGCCGUUUUAACGAGCCGAGCGCUCCAGCCAGCACAAAACCUUUUUCUCGUGUCUCUGGCCAGUGCGGACAUUCUGGUGGCCACCCUGAUAAUCCCUUUCUCUCUGGCCAAUGAAUUAAUGGGCUACUGGUUUUUUGGGAAAGUUUGGUGUGAUAUUUAUCUUGCACUAGAUGUUCUUUUCUGCACAUCUUCUAUUGUUCACCUGUGUGCUAUAAGUCUGGACAGGUACUGGUCUGUAACGCAGGCGGUCGAGUAUAACUUGAAGAGGACACCUCGCAGGGUAAAGGGCAUGAUUGUGGUGGUAUGGUUGAUUGCGGCUGUAAUCUCCUUCCCACCGCUCAUCUCCAUGGACCGGAAUAACGAGGGUGACAGCAGCGAACCACAAUGCCAGCUGAACAACCACACGUGGUACAUCCUGUAUUCCAGCAUCGGGUCGUUCUUUGCCCCGUGUGUCAUCAUGAUCCUUGUUUACAUCCGAAUCUACCAGGUGGCUAAGAAGAGAACCCGAAAUAUGUCUGAAAAGCACCGUGAUCCAGACGGCGGGUCAGGAACGCCACAGCUGGAGAACGGCUUGAGCCGUGAGGAUUCUAGGCGGGAAAACGGGCACUGUGCCUCACCGCCACCAGGGGAACGCAAACCAGCCGAGGAUGACCCAGAUGCCGAGCUGGAGGACAGCAGCUCGUCUGAUGAGAAGGCCAAAAGGACGCAAAACGAGAUGGCACCCUCGAGAAAAGACCGCCGGCCCAGCCGCAAGAACAGCUCCAGCUCCAAGCAUUCCAGCCGGAAGUCCCGAGCCAGCAGCAAGACCCUGGACUUGUUUUCCUCCCGCAGAAAAAGGAGGAACACCAUUUCGAGAAAAAAAAUUUCCCAGGCACGAGAGAAGCGGUUCACCUUUGUGCUGGCCGUGGUCAUGGGGGUGUUCGUGGUCUGCUGGUUUCCGUUCUUCUUUAGCUACAGCCUGUAUGGGAUCUGCCGGGAGCCCUGUGCCAUCCAUGACACCCUUUUCAAGUUUUUCUUCUGGAUCGGUUACUGCAACAGCUCCCUCAAUCCCGUCAUCUACACCAUCUUCAACCAGGACUUCCGGCGAGCUUUUCAGAAGAUCCUGUGCAAGUCCUGGAAGAGGUCUUUUUAGAGAACAUUGGCAGCUAGUUUGCUGCAUCCAGUGCCAUGAACAGGUGGUUGACAAGGAAAAGACGUUUUCAAAAACACCACUGCCCCUCUCUUUUUGCAUUGACAAUCUGUACACAACAAUGAGAUUGAUAUUUUUUCUUAAUUCAUUGUGUAAUGCUCUUUAUGAGCCUCUGAGGACAACAGAUGCUGGUCACAUAGGUGGUACCAAAAGCUAAA